GGGAAUCGGCAGGAACUCUAACACCCCGCGGUGGCGCCCAGCCAGCAUAAAUUUUGGCCCGUGCCGCUUCACGUACUCUGGGAACUUUGUCCCUCAGAGGCCUGGAGGUCAGCCCCGCGAGACGGACACGCCGCCCAUGCUCUCCGCCUCCAGAAGGGCUCUCCAGCUCCUCUCCAGCUCCAACCGGGUACGGAGAAUGGGAGACUCAGCUUCGAAAAUCAUCAGCGCGGAUGAAGCUUUGCCGGGUCGAACCGAGCCGAUCCCCGUAGCAGCCAAACACCAUGUCAGUGGCAACAGAACGGUUGAACCUUUCCCAGAGGGAACACAGAUGGCUGUAUUUGGCAUGGGCUGCUUCUGGGGAGCUGAGCGCAAGUUCUGGCUCUUGAAAGGAGUGUAUUCAACCCAAGUGGGGUUUGCAGGAGGCUACACACGCAAUCCCACCUACAAAGAGGUCUGCUCAGAAAAAACUGGCCACGCCGAGGUCGUCCGGGUUGUGUACCGGCCAGAGCACAUCAGCUUUGAGGAGCUGCUCAAGGUCUUCUGGGAGAAUCACGACCCGACCCAAGGCAUGCGCCAAGGCAACGACUACGGCACACAGUACCGGUCAGCAGUCUAUCCCACCUCCGCUGCGCAGAUGGAAGCAGCCCUGAGAUCCAAGGAGGAAUACCAGAAGGUCCUUUCAAAGCAUGGCUUUGGCCCCAUCACCACUGACAUCCGAGAGGGACAAGUGUUCUACUAUGCUGAAGACUACCACCAGCAGUACCUGAGCAAGAACCCAGAUGGCUACUGUGGCCUCGGGGGCACUGGGGUUUCCUGUCCGUCGGCCAUUAAAAAAUAAUUCCUCUCCACAAAGCUAGCCCUGGAGGCUCCAUCAACACCACGAUUGCAGGAUGGAGCAGCACCGCUGUGCUUCACACCUGUCAUUUUAUGAAGAGCACACACACCACACGGACGUUUACAUGAAUCUGGUUGUUAUGGGGGUUUGAUUUCCAGAGAGUAAGAUGACAAGGUGACACAAUGUAAUCUGCCUUCUGAUCAGUCCAGGUGGGGAUAGAACAUGACAUUUUAGUGGAUCGUUUGGGAUCUAAAUGGAGAUAAUGAAUAUCCUGUGUCAAUCUGCUCGGGUUGGAGGGAUGCUGAGGGUCCUGAGACAGGGGGAUAGCUGGGCGAGCACAAGGUACUGGGACCCCUUGGUCUGUGCUGACAUACCUCACCCACUUCCCUGCCCUCAGGUGCCUAACUCAUUAGUGUCUACAGACUCCAUGAAUCAUUUGCUGAAAUGCUUUGCUCUGCUGACUCUAGACAUGUAUUAGGGGUUUCUCCCCACCCCCACCCUCCCUGUGCAGAGGAAAGACAUGAAUGACCUUAAUGAAUUUUAACAUUCUGCUUACAGCAAUGAUAAAGCUUGUCCUAAUAAAAAUCCACAGUUUGGUAAUA